GAGCCAAGCGGAAGUUAUCGCUGGGAGAAGAGAACGAAGCGAUGUCGUCAUCUUCCUUCGUCGACAACUUGGCCGACGAGUCAACUCGUCCUUCAGACGGUGUUGACGGCGGUGGCGACUACACGGCGUACGAGUCUCGCUUCCAGUCGCAGAGGUUUGACUCGUCCUUCUCCAACUACGAGGCCGAUUCGGUCAAAGACUCGACCGGUGACUCAUCUCAGCUCAACGAAGGUGAAUUCUCAUCGGCUCCGGCGCCGGAAAAUCAGACUCCGCCGUCAAGAGAAACGAACAGUCCGAUCUUGCCGGCGCCGUCAGAGAUGGGGAUAGAGGAAGGUUACGCUCUGAGGGAGUGGAGAAGACUGAAUGCAAUCAGAUUGGAAGAGAAGGAGAAGAAGGAGAAAGAGAUGGUACGGCAAAUAAAAGAGGAAGCCGAGCAGUACAAGGCCGAGUUCUAUAAGAAGCUUAGCGUUACUAUUGAGAAUAACAAGGAAGCCAACCGCGAGAAAGAGAAGUUGUUUUUGGCGAACCAAGAGAAGUUUCAUGCCGAGGCUGACAAAAACUACUGGAAGGCGAUAGCUGAACUCGUCCCCCGAGAAGUACCAACUAUAGAGAAGAGAGGGAAGAAAGACGAGAAGAAGAAACCAGGAAUAACUGUUAUACAAGGGCCUAAACCCGGAAAACCAACCGAGCUUUCGCGUAUGCGUCAAGUGCUCGCAAAACUCAAGUAUAACCCACCUCCUCACAUGAAGCCACCGGCAUCUCCGUCGGAGGAAGAGGCUAAGACCAACGGUUCUCUUCCUUCCAACACAGUGGUCAAAGAGUGAAUGGUCCUUAAGCUUUGGCUCUGUAAGUGUCUGUACUUUUCUAAGCUUUUUUUUGGGUCAUGUCCUGUUUUAGUUUUGGCCUCUCUGGUCACAGUUUCAUGUGUAUAGUGAAUAAAAGACCAAUGUGUAGUGAUUAUAUUUUCUAGCAAAGGAACUAUAUUUCCCGGGUGAAAACAGGGGACUUGGUGAUA